CCGUCCGCAUUGGAUGGUAUGAAGGCAGUGCCUUCUUCGCGAUAAUGGGUGAGGGCAAAUCUCAAGUAGUUGGUGAGGCACCACGUUGUACUGAUGAAUCCAUGUGUAGCGUGUAUAAACUACAAAUGGAGCCAGAGUGGCUUGGUGGAUGGCGCAGACAAGAGCAUCGCUGGGUUGCUGGUAGCACUUCUGUUCGGUGCAGGAGCAAACUACGCACGCGCUGGUGACAAAGGGCUUGGAGUGGUUCUGAGUGCUAUCGGUGCUCUGCAAGCCGUUGCUGCGAGAAAGGCAACGCUGUAGAGCAUAUCGGAGAGCGGUUAACCGGCCGUAUGAUGGCUU